UUUACGGUCUAUGGUUCCACGUCACUGCCAAGCGGCUGAGCCGAGCUGCAUUGCCGAGGCGCAGACAUCGCAAAAGCCUACGGAUCUUUGGGAAUCUUCAGGAAUCUUCGGGAAUCUUCCGGGUUGGAUGCUGACUGGAGGUCCGGCAGCACAAUGACGGCCGCUGAAAAUGUGUGUUACACCCUCAUCAACGUUCCCACGGACUCAGAACCCCCGUCAGAAAUCAGCCUGAAGGCUGAUCUGGAGAAGGGGGAGGUCAAGGCGAAGACGGAGGCUCUGAAGAAGGUGAUCAUCAUGAUCCUGAACGGGGAGAAGCUUCCGGGCCUCCUGAUGACCAUCAUCCGCUUCGUCCUGCCCCUGCAGGACCACACCAUCAAGAAGCUGCUGCUGGUCUUCUGGGAGAUCGUCCCCAAGACGACGCCUGACGGCAAACUGCUGCAGGAGAUGAUCCUGGUGUGCGACGCCUACAGAAAGGACCUGCAGCACCCCAACGAGUUCAUCCGCGGCUCCACCCUGCGCUUCCUCUGCAAGCUGAAGGAGGCGGAGCUUCUGGAGCCGCUGAUGCCCGCCAUCCGGGCCUGCCUGGAGCACAGGCACAGCUACGUGCGCCGAAACGCCGUCCUGGCCAUCUACACCAUCUACAGGAAUUUUGAAAAUUUGAUCCCAGACGCCCCGGAACUGAUCCACGAUUUCUUGGUUAACGAGAAAGACGCCAGCUGCAAGAGGAACGCGUUCAUGAUGCUGAUUCACGCGGACCAGGACAGAGCUCUGGACUACCUCAGCACCUGCAUUGAUCAGGUUCACACAUUCGGGGACAUCCUGCAGCUGGUCAUAGUGGAGCUCAUAUACAAGGUGUGCCACGCUAACCCGUCGGAGCGCGCGCGCUUCAUCCGCUGCAUCUACAACCUGCUGCAGUCCUCCAGCCCCGCGGUGAAGUACGAGGCUGCAGGGACGCUCGUCACGCUGUCCAGCGCGCCCACCGCCAUCAAGGCUGCGGCGCAGUGCUACAUCGAUCUGAUCAUCAAAGAGAGCGACAACAACGUCAAACUCAUCGUCCUGGACCGGCUCAUUGAGCUCAAAGAGCACCCUACGCAUGAACGAGUUCUUCAGGACCUGGUGAUGGACAUCUUGCGGGUUCUGAGCACGCCGGACCUGGAGGUCCGCAAGAAGACCCUGCAGUUGGCGCUGGACCUGGUCUCGUCCCGAAACGUAGAGGAGCUGGUGAUAGUGCUGAAGAAGGAGGUGAUUAAGACCAAUAACGUGACGGAGCACGAGGACACGGAUAAGUACAGGCAGCUGCUGGUCCGCACCCUCCACUCCUGCAGCGUGCGCUUCCCCGACAUGGCCGCCAACGUCAUCCCCGUGCUGAUGGAGUUCCUGAGUGACAGCAACGAGGCGGCGGCGGCCGACGUGCUGGAGUUCGUGCGGGAGGCCAUCCAGAGGUUCGACAACCUGCGGCCCCUCGUCAUCGAGAAGAUGCUGGAGGUCUUCCACGCCAUCAAGACCGUCAAGAUCUACAGGGGGGCGCUGUGGAUUCUGGGAGAAUACUGCCACACUAAAGAGGACGUGCAGAGUGUGAUGACGGAAGUGCGCAGGUCGCUGGGGGAGAUCCCGAUAGUGGAGAACGAGAUUAAGAAGGAGGCGGGGGAGGUGAAGCCGGAAGAGGAGGUGUCCGCCGGUCCCACGCAGAAGCUGGUGACGGAAAUGGGCACUUACGUGACCCAGAGCGCACUCAGCUCCUCCCGCCCCACCAAGAAAGAUGAGGACAGGCCCCCUCUGAGGGGAUUCUUGAUGGAUGGAGAUUUCUACGUGGCGGCUUCUCUAGCGACCACCCUGACCAAAGUGGCCUUGCGCUACGUGGCCAACGUUCAGGACAAGAGGAACCAGAAUGCGUUUGUGGCGGAGUCGAUGCUGAUCAUGGCCACCGUGCUCCACCUGGGGAAGUCCUCGCUGCCCAAGAAGCCAAUCACGGACGACGACGUGGACCGCAUCUCGCUGUGCCUGAAGGUGCUGUCCGAGUGCCCGCCCCUCAUGAGCGACAUCUUCAACAAGGAGUGCCGCCGCUCGCUGUCCCACAUGCUCACCGUCAAGCUGGAGGAGGAGAAACUUUCACAGAAGAAGGAGUCGGAGAAGCGGAGUGUGACCGUGCAGGCGGACGACCCCAUCUCCUUCAUGCAGCUCACAGCCAAAAACGACACCGCCUCCAAGGAGGACCAGUUCCAGCUGAGCCUGCUGGCUGCCAUGGGAACCACCCAGAGGAAGGAGACGGCCGACCCGCUGGCCUCCAAACUCAACAAGGUGACUCAGCUGACUGGUUUCUCAGACCCUGUCUAUGCGGAGGCUUAUGUCCACGUUAACCAGUACGACAUCGUCCUGGACGUGCUGGUGGUGAACCAGACCAGCGACACACUGCAGAACUGCACCCUGGAGCUGGCUACUCUGGGUGACCUGAAGCUGGUGGAGAAGCCGUCUCCCCUCACCCUGGCCCCUCACGACUUCGCCAACAUCAAGGCCAACGUCAAAGUGGCGUCCACGGAGAACGGCAUCAUAUUCGGGAACAUAGUGUACGACGUGUCUGGGGCAGCCAGCGACAGGAACUGUGUGGUCCUGAGCGACAUCCACAUCGACAUCAUGGACUACAUCCAGCCGGCCGCCUGCACCGACGCAGAGUUCCGCCAGAUGUGGGCGGAGUUUGAGUGGGAGAACAAGGUGACAGUGAACACGAACAUCACGGACCUGAACGACUACCUGCACCACAUCCUCAGUUCCACCAACAUGAAGUGCCUGACUCCGGAGAAGGCUCUCUCCGGGUUCUGCGGCUUCAUGGCUGCUAACCUGUACGCUCGCUCCAUCUUCGGGGAGGACGCCCUGGCCAACGUCAGCAUCGAGAAGCCCAUCCACCUGGGGCCGGACGCACCUGUGACCGGCCACAUCCGCAUCCGUGCCAAGAGCCAGGGCAUGGCGUUGAGUCUGGGCGAUAAGAUGAACCUGUCACAGAAAAGGAAUGCUGCGUAGGAAGCUGCCGAUGGACAGACCAGCGGACGUGUUUUUGGGCCGGGCGGUAUUCCCCCCGCUCCUGCUCGUGGCUAUUCCCUCGCUUCUCCUGCUCUCCUGGUCCCUUCUCUUACUCCCUCUCUCCAUGGAAACAGCAAGUGUGUUUUUUAUUUUUUUGCAGAUCAGACAGCUUGUUUU